AUGCUUCAGUCGGUUAAGAAGACGUUUGCAGGGGGUCGGAAAAAGCAGGGUAAGUCAGAGGCAGCGUCGCACGAUGCAGGCAAUGCAGCAGCGGCGCCAGCAGCGGGGGGUGGCAUUGCUCGGUCGGGCUCGGGGAAGCUUGCAUCAGGGGGAGGGAACGCCGGAAAGGCGGGAGGCCCGCAUCCGCCUCCUGGCGUCGCGAAUCCAACGGCUCCCGUUCGUCGCGACCCCAACGAAGUGAUCGCGCAGGCGAACGCGUCGCCUUUCGCGGAGCCGCUGCCGCUGUUUAGAGACGUGGGUCCGCAGGAAAAGCAGGCUUUAUUCAUUCGGAAGCUGCAUCUCUGCACUUACCUCUUCGAUUUCAACGACCCCAUGAAAAACGUGAAGGAGAAGGAGAUUAAGCGGCAAACGCUCCUGGAACUAGUCGACUACGUUAAUUCCGGAACCGGGAAAUUCAACGAAGCGGUAUUCGAAGACAUCACGCGCAUGCUGGAGAUUAAUCUCUUCCGGCCGUUACCGCCGUCCGCGCACGAGAUGUCCGGGUCGGAAUCGUUCGACCCGGAGGAGGAGGAGCCGACUAUGGAAGCCGCGUGGCCGCACCUGCAAAUAGUCUACGAGUUCCUGCUUAGGUAUGUUGUCUCUAACGAGACCGACGCGAAGGUCGCGAAGCGCUACGUGGACCAGAAGUUCAUCUUAAAGCUGCUGAACCUGUUCGACUCGGAGGACCCUCGCGAGCGGGACUAUUUGAAGACUAUUCUGCACCGGAUUUACGGGAAAUUUAUGGUGCACCGGCCGUUCAUCCGCAAGGCGAUUAACAACAUAUUCUACCGGUUUAUCUACGAGUCGGAGCGGCAUAACGGCAUCGCUGAGCUGCUGGAAAUCCUAGGGAGUAUUAUCAACGGGUUCGCGCUGCCGCUUAAGGAGGAGCAUAAGUUGUUCCUGGUCCGCGCGCUGGUUCCGCUGCACAAGCCUAAGUGCGUGUCGAUGUACCACCAGCAGCUGUCGUACUGCAUCACUCAGUUUGUGGAAAAAGACCCGAAGCUCGCGGAUUUGGUGCUGCGCGGGUUGCUUAAGUUCUGGCCCUUAACUAACAGCCAGAAGGAGGUGCUGUUCCUUGGGGAGUUGGAGGAGAUUCUGGAGCUUACGCAGGCGCCGGAGUUUCAGAUGGUCAUGACUCCGCUGUUCCAGCAGAUCGCACGCUGCCUCAGCUCCUCUCACUUCCAGGUGGCGGACACUGUUCUUGUGGCCGAGAGGACGCUGUUCCUGUGGAACAACGACUACAUCGUGACGCUCGUGGCUCAGAACCGCACCACCAUCCUGCCCCUCAUCUUUGCUGCUCUCGAGCGCAACGCCAGAAGCCACUGGAACCAGAUGGUGAGCGGCCUGACCAUCAACGUGUGCAGGAUGUUUCUCAAGAUGGACCGGGCCUUGCCCAAUGCUUACUGUGCUAAGCUCCUCUCCCUCGUCUCCCUCUCUACUUCCCGUUCUCUUCUCCUCCCUCCCUCCCCUCUUUCCUCACGGCUCUCCCUCCCCCCCCCAGAUGGUGAACAGCCUGACCAUCAAUGUGUGCAGGAUGCGGUGAACAGGCUGACCAUCAACGUGUGCAAGAUGUUUCUGGCGGUGAACGGGCUGACCAUCAACGUGCGCAAGAUGUUUCUGGAGAUGGACCAGCCGCUCUAUGACGAGUGCCAGCGCCAGUUCCUGGAGGAAGAGGGCCGCGCUGCUGACGUGGAGGAGCUACGCGCCGCCACGUGGCAGCGCCUGGAAGAAGCAGCGGUGACGGGCGGGGUAGGGGGAGGCGGGUUCGGUGGAGGGUUGCAAGGGGGUAUGGAUGUGGAUAGCAGAGAAGGCCGGCCGCAAGAUUAUGAAAACAAUUUAGGAUGA